UCAAUCAUUUGCCUAAUUUCUCUUUCCUUCCAUCCUCUUUUCCCUAUCAACAUUCACAUUCAUUCCCUUGAAGAGUUUCAAUUCCCCUUCUGAAACUCAACAGGGAAUGUUCUCCUUCCUCUUCUUCUAGCCCCCCAUUUAUUUCAGGUAAUUAGGAGAAGAUGAUUACGUAUUUGUUUCUAAUUUCCCUGAUUGUCCAAUCAACUUUAGCACAGAAUGCCCAUGCAAAUGCCAAUCCGGCGCCUCCCGCCGUUGAAUGGCCGACUUUGAGUGGGGCGCAGCCAGUCGUGGUAGCCCGGGGCGGGUUUUCCGGGAUCUUCCCGGACUCGAGCGAGUUUGCAGUUGACAUGGCAAUGACCACAAGCAUGGGUGAAAUCAUCAUGUACUGUGACCUGCAGCUCACGAAGGAUGGCAUGGGGAUCUGUCAGCCCGAAGUAACCCUCGACGACACCACCAACAUAGCAAUGGUCUUCCCAUCGAACAAGAAGACGUAUAUUGUUAAUGGGAAACCAGUGCAAGGGUGGUUCGCCGUGGAUUAUACAUUCGAUCAGCUUUACAACAAUGUCACGUUGGCUCAAAAUAUACUGUCUCGGCCGAGUCUGUUUGACGGCAUGAUGCCAAUACAGGCUGUGGAUGACAUCCUCGGGCGCAAGUCUGUCAAGGUCCUGUGGAUGAACGUUCAGCAUGAUAUGUUCUACAACCAGCAAAAGCAUAGCCCAGUAUCUUACAUCCAAAAGGUCUUAAGAUUCUAUCCGUUAGGCUACAUCUCUUCCCCGGAAAUUGGCUUCUUGAAGGCAAUGCAAGGGAAGGUAAACAAGGUCAGGACGAAGCUCAUCCUCCGGCUCCUCGGCACCAACGAUGUUGAGCCCACAACCAAUCAGACAUACGGCUCAAUCCUCAAGGACCUCCAGGCGGUCAAGGCCUAUGCGACCGGGAUCCUGGUCCCCAAGGACUACAUCUGGCCUGUCACUGUAGAUAAGUACCUCGGAGCCCCAACUACUCUUGUAGCGGAUGCCCACAAGCUUGGCCUGGAAGUCUAUGCCUCUGGGUUUGCCAACGAUUUCCCAGCAUGCUACAACUACAGCUACGACCCAACCUCUGAGUAUCUCCAAUUCAUUGACUCCCAGUUCGCAGUCGACGGGUUCCUCACAGACUUCCCACCCACCGCAGCACAAUCCAUCAUGUGUUUUGCCCACAGCAACAGCAACGCAACCAAACCCAGCACAGCAAAAGUUCUUGUCAUAAGUCACAAUGGGGCAAGCGGAGUUUACCCCGGGAGCACGGACUUGGCAUACCAGCAGGCAGUAAAUGAUGGUGCUGAUAUGAUCGACUGUACAGUUCAAAUGUCCUCGGAUGGUAUCGCCUUCUGCUUGGGUUCAGCUGACAUUUCCCCCUAUACAACCGCCAUGCCAACCUUCAUGUCCAAAUCCACCACCAUCCCAGAAAUUCAACCGGCCAGCGGAGUCUUCUCGUUCGACCUAUCAUGGACCGAGAUCCAGACCCUCAAGCCUCAAAUUGAGAGCCCAUUUGGAGGUGACACCGGGUACCCAAGAGAUCCCCAGAACAAGAACAAGGGCAAGUUCGUCACUUUGAACGACUUUCUCGAAUUGGCCAAAACAAAGGCGGUUUCCGGGAUUCUGAUCAACAUAGAGAAUGCUGCUUACCUAGCAUCGAAGAAAGGCCUUGACAUAGUUGGGUCAGUCUCCCAGGCCCUCACCAACGCCACGUUCGACAAGCAGGCAACCCAGCAAGUCUUCAUUGAGUCCGAUGACACCUCGGUGCUCACCCAAUUCAAGAACGUGACAACCUACCGAAGGCUGCUGACGAUCAAGGAGAAGAUCAGUGACGCACCCCCGGCUUCAGUGGAUGAGGUCAAGAAGUAUGCAGACGGGGUCGUGGUCACGAGGUCAUCCCUCAUCCCUACCUCUAACAGCUUCCUCAUGGGCAACACAAGUGUCAUCAAGGAGAUGCAUGCUGCCAACCUCUCGGUAUACGUCUCUGUUUUGAGGAACGAGUACCUUAGCCUCGCUUUCGAUUACUACGCGGACCCCACCUUUGAGCUGGCAACUUACAUAGUCGGGCUAGAAGUCGAUGGCGUUAUAACAGAUUUCCCAGCAACAGCCACCAGAUACACGAAGAGCCGAUGUUUCGACAUAAAUGGUGAUCAGGCAAUCCUGCCAGUCCAGCCCGGUUCUCUGGUUAGCUUAGUUGAGGGAGCAGGACCACCAGCAGAAGCCCCAGCCCCAGCACUUGAAGCCAAGAACGUGGUUGACCCACCACUUCCUCCGGUGGUGGCCAAGACAUCCACUCCCAGUCCUGCCACCUCACCUAGCUCUACAAAGUCAGGCAGCUCGGCAAUUUCGGCCCAUUUGGGAUAUUCUCUGAUGGCUCUUGGGUUGCUUAGACUACUAUUCUCCAUGGGACAUUAAAUGGGAAGAAGUAAAAGAUAUCAAGUAGAGCUGCAAACUUACUCAUUCACCGCUUCUUUUAAUUUUAGCUUUUUCGCGUCAAUGUAACUGAGAUUGUAACGUAUAGCAAAUCAAAUGUGACUGACUCAUGCUAGAGAA